AUGUCCGACUUCGGUAGAAUUAUGAAGAAGGGAUGGCACCCUGAGAAGCCUGGCACAACGCUCAAGGGCCAGAUGGCCGGCCUCGUCGGAAGGAAGUCGGACACGGAACAAGAAAAAACGAAUCAUGCCGCUAGACCUCUUUCUUCCCUAAGAGACCCCGCUUCUUUCGCUCCUCCACCUCGACGUCUCACAGACCAACCACUUCCAGUGUCUAGCAUUUCACGCGGCACUACGGCAUCUAUACCGUCACCAUCACAGAACGCCUCACUUCACCAUGCCGUCGUCCUGGAGCACCGGGGUGCUGAAACUGCUCAGGCAUCUACUCCUCCACCGCCCUUCCGGGCCGAUACCACCGGCCUAUCGGCUGCGCACCUGCCUCCUCCACCAGGAAGGAAGGACGGGGCUGAUGGAAGGGCCCCUCCGGCUCCUUCCACGUCCCCUCGUCCAAGUCUGCCUUCGCAUCUUCCGCCACGACUCCCCCCACGAUUGCCGCCACGCACUCCAUCGGGUUCACCCUCCCUCCCCCAAAAUCCGACCUCCACCGAGAACUCAAACAAGAUAACCAGCGGCAGCUCUUUGAACCAACAGGCAGCGAAUAGACUCGGGGCAGCGGGUAUUUCGGUACCUGGUCUAGGCAUCGGGACUUCGACGCCCACUACAGAAACACAAACUGCGAUCGGUCGUCUUUCGAGCUCUGUCCCCGCGAGCCCUCCGACUUCGCGCGAAAAUGAACUCCAGAGCCGCUUUUCGAAGUUGGGCAGUUCCGCUGCGAGGAAUUUUCCGUCGACAAGUUCCUACAGCGGACGUGCAAAUGCGCCACCAGCUGAAGGCACAACGUUGGAACAAAAGCAGGCCGCCAUCCGAACGGCUUCGCAUUUGCAUAAAGACCCAUCCUCCGUGCGCAUGUCGGAUGCGCUGUCUGCAGCAUCCACAGCCAACAACCUUAGACUACGGCAUGGAGACAAGAUGGCGACUGGUGUCAGGAAUGCAAACGAACUCAGCAAGAGAUCCGGAAUAACAGGAUUCCGGCAAUCCAAGCACGCUCCAGUCUUGGCCGCUAGCCCUACUACUGCAGGCCCAGGGCCGCCGGAUCGGAUGGGGAUCUUUGGAAAGAAGAAGCCGCCGCCCCCACCUCCCAAGCGGACGCAUAUGGUGGGGUUGGUUCCUAGGCGAUCGGGAGAUCCGUCCAGUGCUGACGAUAACGACAAUGAUCAGCCACCCCCGGUUCCCCUGGCCACUAGGCCUCGAUAG